AUGAAAGUGAACUAUAAGCCAGAAUUAACUCAUAGAACAAUGGCUGAGAGAGUAGACUUGCAGAAGAGGCUAAAGCGAUGCCAAAAAAAGAUAGUACAGAUAAUGCCUGUACUCAAUAAGUACAUCCGAGGUCCAAUUACAAAGCAAAAGCUUAUGGACUUCAUUCAAUACUUUAAUGCCCCAAUGCUUAAAAAAUUGGAUAGAAUGGCUAUGCGCCAAAAGCCUGCCUUAAUUUGCUGGCUAUCUGAAAACUGGGAUUCAUUUGAAAAUGCAUUCAAUCAAGAAGCUCCAGCCCCUGUUCCGCCUAAAGAGCCCUUGAUUGUUAGUGAUAUUGAUAUUGAUAGGAUUUUCACCAGUAUUGACACUGAAUCCCUCUUCGAAAUAGACUAUUCUGCUCCAAACGAGCUUCGAUCUUACUUAUAA